AUGGGUGGAUCGGAACAGCGUAGCUGCGACCUUGAAGGUGGCUGCGCGAGUUCAGUGUCGACGGCACGAGGGCAGUUUCGUUCAAGGCUUCAAUCUCCUGUUCUUGCUACUGCUCUGGGUCUUGAUUUUAUAAUUCUUACCCUAAGGAGUGACAGAGUUGCUGUUAUUCUCUGUAACUCUGCCUUCGAAACGCCCCAAUGCCAGCCAUGCUUGCACGAGCCCAAGGACCUGGGUCUACUGGAUAAUGAUGAAGCACACCAUUACAUUGUUGGUAAACAAAGCGAACGACCUUAUAGAGCAAGCAAAAGUUCAGCUGGCACCGACAAAUGGCAAAACAUCUUGGAGAGUUCUUUCGUGACAGACCAAGAAGGAUUCCACUCCCGACACCGACGAAUUGGCUCGUCCAAAUACCACCACCGCGGCCCAUCAAAUUGCUUCUUCGGUGGCUGA